GUCUUUGCCCAGUUUGAAAACCAGAAGAUCGACCAAGAGUUCUUCACUACACCGCGAGCGGUACACUAAAGUGCAUUUACGGGUACAGUGACUUGAGUUCGCGAAAUGAGGAGUGAACUUUGUGUUUUGGCGUUAGCCUUUUUCGGUUAUGUCAGCUGUCAACAGAGGGGUACCCAAGAAGACCCCUGCAAAAUAAAGUCGAGAGUGAUAGGGGACGAAACGUACUGCGACAGGUACUGGGAGUGCGUGAACGGACAACCCGAGCUAUACGACUGCCCCAAUGGGUUAGUUUUCGCUGGUAAGAACAGGGGGGUGACAGAGGGAUGCGAUUACCCAUGGAGGUCGAACUACUGCGAAGGAAAGCAGCAAGCCAAUCCACCAAUUGGCGUCGAGCAUUGCGCCUGGUUGUACGGCAUCUUCGGCCACGAGACGUCUUGUACCAGAUACUGGACGUGCUGGAAUGGUACCGCCACAGAACAACUCUGCAUAGGAGGACUCUUAUACAACGAGAGGACGCAUUCCUGCGACUGGCCGGAAAACGUGGAGGGAUGCCAAAAGCACCCUCUUUGCAACGACGAUCCCAACGGAAACGUACCACUGGGCAAAUCCUGCAACCGCUAUUGGCAGUGCCAGGGUGGUUACCCGCGCCUGCAAAGGUGUCCCGCCAUGUUGGUGUUCGAUCGUCAUUCUUUGAGAUGCGUAGUACCCCCAACUGACGAUUGCGACAUCCCCAGUACCCCACCACCGCCACAGCCAGAGGAGGAAGAAGACAACUUGCCGGAGAACAAUCCUAAGAACAGGCCCGGUAAAGCUGAGUUGCCCAAUCUUCCUCCCGGGGCUAUCCCCGUGCCAGCCAAGAACAGGCAGAGGAACUAGGUUAUUUUUUUUAAAUUGUAGGUUAAGAGACGGUAGUCGCGUUAGCAUUUUUUUAUAAAGAGAAUUGACGAAUAUGUAAUUAUUAUUUAUAAAAGUAUAUUUACAUGUAUUAUUACUACGCUACAAAAAAAUCUACUUCCUUGUCCACACUGAUUUUUGGUUUAUAUAUCAAGUUACUGGGCAGACCAGUAGACUCAAGGUUCGAAUGGAGCUACCGUUAUUGAAGAACGGUGUAUCAAAUUAUUGCUAAAAGAGUGUUCUUAGAUGUUGUUAGAUUCGUUUCCCUGAGGUAACUUCAGAGGUCUUAAAUUUCCAGGAAAACUAGUCCACUUUUGGCAUUGAAAAGGAAUGUCGUUUCAUGUUUUGGUCACAUCUCAGUUUCUGAUACAUCCUCAUCAAGUCUAGUUCUAGCAUUUCCCAGUUUACACAAAAUAUAUUUGUUGCUUUUAAAAUUGAUAUUACCAAAGCGUAACGUAAUGUGCCAUUGUUUGGUGUAACUGUCUCGAGAAAAAAGGAAUAAUGCCAUUCAGUUUAAAAAUUGUUAGAAACAGUCACGAUCUUAUAUAGUCCAAGCAUUAUAGAGAAAUGCUUACAGAAAUUAUUACC